ACGCGAUCAGAAGGAACUUAGACAAGACGAACCACAUUGGACUCACGCGUUCAUGCCGCUGAUGUAACCAGUCUUACAUAAAAUAAUAUGUUUUUAGAUAUUUAGAACGAAAGUGAUUGCCCUCUAUAGUGUUCACCACUGCAUAGAAAAAUGGGAGCAGCUACAUCAACUGAAGCAAGUUCUGCUGUCACUGACCAGUUAACAGGCAAAAAGUCUCCAGCUGUGCCAGCUAGCCAGCCCUCUGUCCAGGGACCACCAGAGGGAUGCCCAAUGCAUAACAAAGUCAACACAAAUAACAACAACAACAGUGCCAUGCUACCACCACCUGGUCACCCACCAAUGUCCAGUUCCAGUGAGUGUCCAGUACAACAUGGACAGAGAAGCCCAGAGCCAGUGUAUUACCCCAGUGAGUGCCCAAUGAACAGGGAAAACGAAGGCCCAUUGCCAUCAGGCAUGGGUGAUAUUGACCCCACAAACAUGAUGCCUCCUCCGAACCAAAGGCCGUCUCCAGACCAACCUUUUCCGCUAAGCACUGACAGAGUAGUGUCUUCCAUACCAAAGGGUGGAACAGAAAAUGAAUACUGGGUUUAUCCAUCUCCUCAGAUGUUCUGGAAUGCUAUGCUAAGAAAAGGGUGGAGAUGGAAAAAAGAUGAUAUCAGUGAGGAAGACAUGAAUGGUAUAAUUAGAAUUCACAAUGCCAACAAUGAACAAGCCUGGUUGGAGGUCCUGAAAUGGGAGGCCUGGCAUGCGAAGGAAUGCUGUGACCCAAAAUUAAAAAGCUUUGGAGGUAAAGCCAAGGACUUUUCCUGGAGAGCGAAGAUAAGGCAUUGGAGAGGAUAUGAUCUUCCUUUUGACCGCCAUGACUGGAUUGUAGACCGCUGUGGCAAGGAGGUGAGGUACAUCAUAGACUAUUAUGAUGAAGGACAUGAAGUAGAUCCAGUCACUUAUCAGUUUACCACUUUGGAUGUGCGUCCAGCACCUGACUCUGUCUCAGCUGUGUAUGAUAUUGCCAAAGCCACUUUUUUGAGAAGCUGGUAUUCAAUGCCAUCCAUAUUUGGAAGGAGAAACAAGACAAAUGUGGUUGACUCAAGCACCACCGACCAAGCCAUUAGUAGUGACAAUAGUAGUAGAGCUAACUCGCGCAGUAGUGAAGCAUCAUGAACAAUAUUUUGUCUUGGACAGUUGAACAGGUGUGUUAUAUGAAUGGCAUGUUGAAUGGUACCUCAAAAUACGAAACAGAAUUUUCUAAUGAAUAUUAUUAGUAAAGUGGUGGACCGUGGACUGUUUCAGUAUGACAAUAAUAGGAAAUUGAUGGUGUUUAAGGUGAUUGUAAAAUAUGUCAGCUUUAUGUACAAGUUAUAUAAUUGCUAUACUUUGCUGUGUUGCUGUGCUAAUUUGCAAAGCACGUGUUGGUCAAAUUGUAAAAUGUUAUGAUGUAAAUAGUAUGUGGUGAAACACUUUCAAUAUUUGCUUUGCAGUUCAAUAUUUCUUGUGUAAAAUAAAGCCAAACGUGAAACUUGACAGUUUUAGAAGGACUAGUUUUCAAAAUGAUCAAAUGCUAAUUCUCUAAUUAUAUUGCUUUGAAAUGUGGUCACUAGUUGGUUCUAUUUUUAUCCAAUGCAGUUUGUUGAACCGGAAUGUAUUUUAUUUCCAGUUGCUCAGUGCUAAGCAGGCAAAAAAACUUAUUCAGUGACUUGAUAAGAAUUUGCCUUAUUUGCAUAGCUCUAGGAGCAUAAGCCACAAAAGGCAUCCACUAUUUCUAAUAGCAGGUUGUCUGUGGGCUUUUUGGUAGUAAAGUAUUCUGUGGGUUAAUAAACAAUACUUUCUUUAGUAACCCAGUAUUCCGUUUUUAUUAUGGACAGUCCCAAGCAGCAUUAUAUUACCUUUUAUAUAACUUACGAAGGAGAAAUUUUGCAACACUUGGGACACAUACCCCAUCAACUGAGUCGGGCUAAAAAA